GUAGCCUUGUUUUAAUAAGACAAACUUCACUAACGGCUGCCUGCUUCCAAUCUUUCUCAUUUCGUACGUUUUGAAAUAUCUCAUGUUAUCUCUUGCUAGAAAUGAGUUUACGGAAAAUAUUAGGAGGCUCCAGCCGGAUUAAGAAAGCCUCCAAGAAGUCCGGCGCAAAUCGAUCUUCACCUUCAUCCUCUCCUUGGGCCUCCUCUCUGCCCCGCCGCAAGCCAGGAAUACAGCGUGGAAAGUCAUCUGCAGGUGACGAUGAAGAAUACAAUGAAGAUGACCUUUUUGACGAUAAACUUGACGAUUAUGGGCUUGUCAAGGCCCUAGCGACCGACCUGAACUUGCGCGACACCUCCCAAGCCAUCCUCCAUAUACGCAACCACAUGUUCUCCCCAAUGCCCGAUCGAGCAGCCGGAAUGAACUCCACAAGGAUAGCAGAGGUUCUUAAUUAUCGAAAAUCGCUUCCUCCUAUCGUAACGAUAUCGCACAUACAAACCCUAUUAUCGUCGCCGAGCGCAGUAGAACGAGAAAUCGCGGAGCUUGCGCGGGCAGGGUUUGUUCGCAAGGUGGUUGUUCCUCGGCGGGGAGAUAUAGGAGAGACUGUAGUACUUGCUGCGGACUAUGAACAGAUGGUGAAAGAUUCUACAAGUUUAGACGAUGACGUGAAGAGAAGUUUGAAUACAUUUUUGACAGAAAAUCAUGGAACUCAAGUGGUAAAGUCGGGUGCUUUUAGUAUGUUAGAGAUCGACCAGCUUCUCAAGGCUGGGUUUCUGACGUCUCAUAAUACCGGCUCGAUCCACCAUGUUCGUUCCUCACAUACCGCGAAUCUAUACUCACGGCCCGGGAAUAAGGUGACAUUUACCUCCUUAGACAAUAUAUCAAGACAGCCAACUGGUUCGCUCGGCGCCGUAGGAGGCGAGGGCGCAAUACAUAAAGCUGGUGGUAGUGGAGGGGGCUCACUCGGUAUGUCCUGGCUCGACACGGGUGCUACGGAGCUGAAGCUUGCCGUGCCUGGAAACGGCACGUUCCUGAAGCUUCUUUCUUCAGCGCUCGAUCACCUCGUCACGUUAUUGAGCAAGUCACGCUUCCGCGAGGCACCAGAAACGGUUCUUCGUGAUCGAUGGGACGGCGGUAUCGCAAAAGACGAGGCGCGCUACGCAGCAAAGCGCUCACGAGGAGAGUUCUCAAGUGUAUUGCCUGGUCAGACUAGGAAGUGGAGGCAAUUCUACGGACUUUCUUUUGACUGGGUUUUACAAGAAGCAGUGGGGUCCGGCUUAAUCGAAGUCUUUGAAACUCGAAGCGUCGGCCGAGGCGUACGUGCUCUGUGAGUCUUCUAUGCGAUAGAUGGACUACCGAAGUGCGGUAUCACAAAGCUUGGCGUCGUACCUCGUCGCCCUAGUAUUGUAGGCCUUACCCCAGAUCACGCAACACAGGCUACUGCACCUAUGGCCUGAGGUUGUGUUGGAAAGGUGUUGCGGUACCCUAUGUCAACUAUGCCGACGAUGGUGGUUGGACAGCAGAUGAAACUCGUGCGAUGCAGAAACCAGAGAGCUGAGCGUUUCUACCGUUCAGCCUCAACAAGGGAGAUCCCAGAGAAACGUGAAAUAUCGUCGAUCGUUGCUAUGCGAUGAUAUACUAAAACUUAACUAGGCCCUUCCCUACAUUGACCAUUGAGGACGAAGAGUUAAUGCAAACGGGCGAAGCCGUGAUGGGUAGGGCCGAUGAUGCGAUUGGACGCCAUACUAUUCGGCAUUGCGACAAGAGCACGCAGGUCGAUCAAGAAGCUUGAGAGCGUACAUGUGAAACAGCAAACCAGAAAGAUAACGACGGUCCGGUAUCGAACAGAUCCGCAGAUCCCCGGUAGAUCUCGAUCAUGAUCUUUCGUCUGUAUCAUCGACGGCGAUCUAGAAGGAAACGCAUAUCAUAGACAAUGCCACUGAGCAGGACAGAUUGUUUGUUCCAUACCCAGGUAUAUAACGAGCAUUCUUAGGAUAUACAUACAUAUAUGAAGGCAUUUAGAUAGGUACAUUCAUAUAGAUGAUUAGAUAAGCU